CUGCCGCCGCCUUCUCGUCGGCCGCAAACUUUCACAAAGCGGCGUGUCCGGCCUCAUCAAUCUCCAUUAAUAAUAGUUGGUUGGGCCGCGGGGGGCGGGCGGGGUCCCGGGCCGGCCGGCCGGGCCGCUGGGAACGGGCUCUGCGGAGGGAGCGGAGCCGGGCGCGGCGGCGGCGGGCGGAGGGAGGAAGUGAAGCGUAAUUUGAGGAAGAUGGAUGAGUCCGGAGGGCGACACCCCCAGCCCGCCCGCUCGCCCGCCCCCUCCCUCCUUAUGAGAGCGAGGGAGCGCGGCGCCGGAGCCACACUGCGCCGAGCCCGCGCCCCGCCGCCACCUCGGCCCGGGAGCCUGGGAGCGAGCCCUGCGUGUCCGCGCGGGGCGCCCGAGCCGCGGGGCGCACGGCGGCGCCCGGAGGGGAGCGCCCCGGGGCGGCCGUAGCUCCGGGCACGAUGCAGAGAGCCGGAGGCGGGGGUGCCCCCGGGGGCAGCGGCGGGGGCAGCGGCGGGGGCCCGGGCACUGCCUUCUCCAUUGACUCCCUGAUCGGGCCACCGCCGCCUCGCUCCGGCCACUUGCUCUACACCGGCUAUCCCAUGUUCAUGCCCUACCGGCCGCUGGUGCUGCCGCAGGCGCUGGCCCCUGCGCCGCUGCCUGCCGGCCUCCCGCCUCUCGCCCCACUAGCCUCCUUUGCCGGCCGCCUUACCAACACGUUCUGCGCGGGACUGGGCCAGGCCGUGCCCUCGAUGGUGGCGCUGACCACCGCGCUGCCCAGCUUCGCGGAGCCGCCCGACGCCUUCUACGGGCCCCAGGAGCUCGCCGCCGCCGCCGCCGCCACUGCCGCCCGAAACAACCCCGAGACGGGUGGCCGACGCCCCGAGGGUGGGCUGGAAGCCGAGGAGCUGAUGCCCGCCCGGGAGAAAGUGGCAGAGCCCCCACCGCCCCCGCCUCCGCACUUCUCAGAGACUUUCCCAAGUCUGCCGGCAGAGGGGAAGGUGUACAGCUCAGAUGAGGAGAAGCUGGAGGCACCAGCAGGAGACCCGGCAGGCAGCGAACAGGAGGAAGAGGGCUCAGGCGGUGACAGCGAGGACGACGGUUUCCUGGACAGUUCUGCAGGGGGCCCAGGGGCUCUCCUGGGACCUAAACCGAAGCUAAAGGGAAGCCUGGGGACUGGAGCUGAGGAGGGGGCACCAGUGGCAGCUGGAGUCACAGCUCCUGGGGGCAAAAGCCGACGGCGCCGCACGGCAUUUACCAGUGAGCAGCUUUUGGAAUUGGAGAAGGAGUUCCACUGCAAGAAAUACCUGAGCUUGACAGAGCGUUCCCAGAUCGCCCACGCCCUCAAGCUCAGUGAGGUGCAGGUCAAGAUCUGGUUUCAGAAUCGGCGGGCCAAGUGGAAGCGCAUCAAAGCUGGCAACGUGAGCAGCCGUUCCGGGGAGCCCGUGAGAAACCCCAAGAUUGUUGUCCCCAUACCUGUGCAUGUCAACAGGUUUGCUGUACGGAGUCAGCACCAACAAAUGGAACAGGGCGCCCGGCCCUGAAGGGGCUCCCAAGGAUCCUGGAAGGCAGCCGAUCUGUCCCCGAGCCUGCUCUGAGACUGGGUUAGGGUUCUGCGGACCAGCGGGGCUGCUGCUACGAUGCUGCCCUGGGAGAGGGCUCCGUCGGCAGCUAACUUAGCGCUAGGUACGCUCUCCUGGCAACCUGAGACCUGGGCCCCUGGCCCUGAGCCUAUUCCAGGGAUCCUCAGACCGGGGGCUUCAGAGUUAACGGGGCUUGAGUCCUCAUCACUGCGGAGCUGUUGUGGGCGGGGGGAGACGGACUCCUGGGGAGGGGGUGGGUUCUCACCCGCCAAGGGCCUGAAAGCUUCCCACUAAUGCCCUGGGACUACUUCUCACAGGGGUGGAAAGAAUCCAGGGUGAUGCCUAGCCAAGCUGAUCACAGCUCCUUAUUUAUUUUCUGUAAAGUUUGUAUAUAUGGAGCUAUCUGCCUCUGUCUGUCUGUCUGUCGGCACCCCUGAGAGAGACUGGGAAAGUCGAUGUUCCGUCAUCAUUAGCCAGAGUUUAGUUCCCUCUUACUGCCUUGUGGGCGCGGUCUGGCCUGUCUGUAGCGCAAGGGCAUGCAAAGAAACAGAAUGAAACUGUCACCAGCCUCCUUAGAAAACCUUCGGCUCGCACCAUCUCCCCCCAUGUAAACUACCUUCACUUCUGUCCUUCCCGUCCCGGUACCUCCCACAGUCCGCACCUAGGCCUCACGUUCCCAGCACAACGCUUCUUUUCUCUUCACCCAUUAAACAGGCAAGCUUCUUCAUCUCUGCUUUCUUCUCUUUGGAAGAGCUGGCAGACUUGAGAACAGAAGAUCCACUCCCUUUUGCGUUACGAGGGGAAAUGAGUACUUGACCCUAGUUUAUUUAGCUGGCGUACGGCCAGGCCCCAACUAGGUAGACGCUGGCAGUCCCGUCAGUGACUAGGCAGGGCAGUUUGGGGGGUGCACCGUCAUCCGCGAGCUCAUUACUUUUUCCGGGCAGAGGACGCAGCAGCUUGGUCCAUCUCUGCCGCGCUUUGGUAUUUCAGAUGUGAGGGCCCGGAGCACGACUCCUUUCUGGUUCUCUGUUUGUACUGCGUUAACUGGUGUCUCCUCCUCCCCAUCGCGUGUUUUACCAAGGUUGGGGUACCAAAUCCUCUUCCGUUAUGAAACGACAUUGGUUGAGAGGCCCCCCCGCAAAACGGAUGAGGCAGGAAGGAAUGAUGGUUCUGGACGUGUGUACUAUAGGAGAAGCUACAGAGAUCGGACCUGGGAGCUUGGGGGUUGGGAUUCUAAGAGCUAGUUAGGGGGACCAAGUAAACGUGAGGAUAAGAGACUUCAGGGGCACUUGCAAGAAACCGGGUAUCCUGUGAGCGAAAGAAGACAAACUAAAGCUAUUUGCCAUUUCCCCCACCUUCACAGAAGGGCUACUAUGCUGUACCAACUGUGGAGCGGGGCUGCACAGACACGCCUGCACAGACAUUGGGGAAAGAGGAUUAUUACAGAAACCAGCUGAAGUUGGGAUCAUGGUAAGCGUGGCUUCUUGGGAAGCACUGAUCUGGGAGGACAGCUAGGGGAGAGAACAGAGCCGCCGAGCAGAAAAGUGGGCAGAGCGAGGAGUGAGGCUAGGACACUCAGAAGAUUAAGGUCAGGGAGGGAAAUACAGGCUCAAAUACCUGGCCGGCCCCCUCACCUUCCUUAGAAAACUGUUGCUACUCCUGAUUCCUAGGAUGGCAGGCCAACCAGUAUUUACUCAAACAUCUGCCGAGCGCCUCGUAUGAUGAAGACAGGCUUUCCUUGGCAGUUCCUUUCUCCUAGCUGGUUUCGGCAACCAAACAGCAAGCCGGGGCUGUGACCGGUUAUUCGCAACAGGGUCGCGGUUCCCCAGCUCGGAUGCAGGGGUCCAGGCUGCUAUUUGGCUAAAAUCCAGCAAGGCUUGAAAAUUAGGUUAAAAAAAGUAGUCCGGACCAGCCCCAUUCCCGAUCUAGAUUGAGGCUGUGUCUGCCCACGAAGGGAACCUAUGAGAUUAGAUGCUUUUUAGGGGCCAGGCCAGGCAGUGGUUGAGGAUCACAGGCGCUAUUGUCACUUUGGCGGUCGGGAAUUCAUGUCCACAGGUCUAGGGCUAGAGCAGACGUUCUCUGGUGCUGUGCCUGAGGGAAGGAGGCUGGGGGGAAACCGAGGCCCUGAUUUGCCAUUUUUUUCUGGAUUUACUAUGAAGCCUCCUAAACUAUACUGGACAGUACUCAGCCAGUUAAGCAGCUUGUUUUCCUUAGGGAAAAUAAGAAAGUUGAUUAUUGCUAGUAUGUUUCUGAGCCCAGGAGCCCCUUCUUAUACAUACCAAAGGCCCUAUGUCUGUUCUACCCUGAUCUUUGCCUAAGGCUCUUAUCAGCCUUGCAAAAGGGCUGCGGACCAAGAAAAUACAAUCUGGUUUCUUCUCUGAACAGCAUUUACUUAGCAUUUGCUCAGUUAUCUACCUGCACUUAGGUGGGUUCCCAUCAGAGUGCCAACCCCACCCCCACCCCCACCCAGUGUACACUCAUUAAGUAUUGGAGAAAGACGGGGCCACCAGCAAAGCGGUUGUAGGGAUGGGAAAACGGGCUCCUUGGAGAGCAGGGACCUUAACUUUGCAAGUUCUCAUCCUUCAAGAAUAGGUAUAGAGGGGUUUCCCUCAGGUCUUUCUAGGAUGAGGGAUAGAGGGAGAAACAGGAGCUCAGGAUUCUGCCCCCAGCUUGGCAGGAUGUUGGUGGGAAUCCAGGUGGUGGUUCUGCCAUCAGUGACCUACCUCCUCGCCUCUCCUCAAAAGCAAAGCCGAGGCCUGAGUCCCGGCGGCAGUGCUGCCCUAGUAAAGUCCAGCCACUUGCCCUCGCGGCUUCCUCAGAAUCUUCUCCUGCGCCUUGAGCGUCUCCCCAUAGGUCUGGCUGUGUGAGCUAUUUCCCAGACUCUUAGGAAAGAGGACGACGCUUCUGUCCUCCUUCUGGGUGCACUUUGGCCAGCACCAGGUGUGGCAUGAGGUUACCGGAGACCAGCCGGAAAACCUUUCCGAGGGUAGGGGUGGGGCAUGUGAGGAGGGGAAGCAGCAGAAAGCCUCCAGUAGGAAGCACAAAGCUCUGAACCUCCUUUCGGGGUUCGAAGCCAGUGCUACCCACAAACUCAACUACGCUGCUGGCAGGAAAGGGCCAAAGGAAACGCAUGUAGUGGCCUGAGCAGAGACCUCAGGGCCUCAGGCCCACCGAGAGAGGAGGAAGUCCCAGAGUACAGACCGAAGAUAGCACCAAGAAGUAGGGCUGAAGGACCUUUCUGGAAGGGCAGAGACAUAAAAGGGGAAAACAAGGCCACACACAGUCUGGUUUACUGGCUCAUCACACACACCAGAUAUGUACACAAACAUAAAUACUCCAAUGUACAAAUUUACACGGACUCACAGAUCACCCCCUCGUCUCUUUCAUCCAGCACCCCCCAACCUGUGCCCUAUCCGUCCAGGCUCCAUUUUAGGAUGAAGGCUUGCAGGGGGCUGGCAGGAGAAGGUAGGAAUCUGGAGGAGGGAGAGGUCCUGCUCCCCUCUCCUCACAGGUACCUCCAAAGGGUCCUGUCCCUUUUCAGUGGCACCGUGGGGUAGAGGGCUAAAAUACCUCCACUCCCCCUCUGCUGCAGCUCAAAUCCCAGAGGUCUCCUCUGGUCCCUCUUUCUCAUUUGGCUCUUCUUCUGUUUGACUCUUUCUCAUUUCCUCUCCUCCUUCCUUUCUCUGUCUUGGCUCCCCCCAGUGCGUGUAGGGAGGAGGGGCCCCAGGCCAUGGAGUCCUUCUGGCCCCUGUGCCCUCUUCCUGGGCCUUAUAGAAGGCUAGGACUUCGGUGCAGCUCAGCAGAGGUGUUGGCGCCAUUGGCAGGCUCUCUGUUGGGGGUAGGUGCUAAGCCACAGCCCUCCCCAGGGCAGCCAUGCUGGAUCAAGAUGUCCGCGCACUCCUGGCUACCAGCCCGACGGGCGUAGGCCAGUGGAGUCAGGCCCCGGGCGUCCCGGCUCCUCACGUCCACCCCAUACUGCAGAAGGAAGCACAUUUUCACAGUUGGCACGACAUGGCAAGGAAGGUGUGGGUUCUUGGGGGCAGAACGGAGAUCAGGUAGGUCAGAGGAGCCUCCGAGGUGGCCCUGGCAAGGCAAGGAGGGAGCCCACAACUCACCCAGAUGAGCAGCUGUGUGAAGACGACGUUGGCCAUGGCGCUGGAGAGAUGGAGAGCCGUCCGCCCAUCCCCGUCGCCGUAGGUCUCGUUCACCUCCUCCUUGGACCCGUGGGCCAGAAGCAUCACCAGCAGCCGCAGGUCGUCCUCCACCACGGCCCGGAGCAGCUGCUGUCCCAGCGGCACGUCCGAGCUCGGCAGCGGGGCCAGGAAGAGCUUCUGUUCGUACUUGGCCCGUAUCCAGCGCUCCUUCUCCUCUCUGCAACCACAGGUCCAUCGAGGCAUGAGCCAACGGGCGGGGGCUGGGGAGGGUGGUCAGGAAAUGGCAGGAGCACCCCGAAAGGGGAAUCGGCAGAGACAAGGCAUAGGACGGGGCAGUGGAGAGACAAACCUAAGGAACGGACGGCACAGAGUGGGUAAUGCAAAGGGUGUGGAAGAGGCUGAAAGGGAGGAACACUGAAGAGAGGCCCCUCGGGGGCAGCAGGGAUGUAGGGGGCUGAGAGGGCAGGAAGAUUCCAGGCAGGGCUCCCGUGGUAGCUUAUCUGGACCUGCUGGAACAAAGGGGGUGGGGGGCCUACACUAGGGGCCCGUGCGCUAUCCUAUCUCCCACCCAUUCUCCCCAUCUCAGAGCUCAGGCUAGGGCCUUCACGCCACAGAGCGAUAGGGCCCUGCGCAUGCGCCUCCUGCUGGCCCCUGACCUGCUGAUAAGGCUCAGAAAGGGCCUCUUGUUGUGAGGAGCCUGAGUGACAGGCGGGGAGGGGGAGGGGCACCCCAAGGGGCCAACUGCCGAGCAGAGCAACAGCCAGUUUUAACCCUUGGAGCACGGCUGCAGCUACUCAGCACCAUCCCAGUCUUCCCCAUACCUGGGCACCACCGUCCCUUCCCUUUCUGGCCAGCCGCAGGGCCCCCCCUUCAUCCACUCACCGGCAGGCGUCGGGCCCAGGCUUCGCAUAGCCAUCCAGGGCCCCCUCCCAGACACUGUUGGCCAGGGCAUUGCCCAUGGCGGUCAUGACGGCCAGCAGCUCGGGUGGCCAGUCAUCGAGGUCAAGGGAGCGGACGCGGGAGAGGUGAGCCCCCAGGUGUCGAUGGGUCCCUGAGCACUCAAUGCACAUCAGGGCACCCAGGUUCAAGCUGGCCCAGUCUGGAUCUAGGCGAGGAGAGGAAGCAGCAUGAAGCCCACGGGCAACCAGCGUGAGACCACCAGGGAGGUCCCCUCUGGUGGCCCACCGGAAGGCUCUCGUCAGGCUUUCCCAAAGCCACCCCGACCCCAGCCCCGCCGGCCUCCACACUCACUGGGGGCGUCGCAGUCAAUACAGAAGCUGUUGCCGCGAACGGUGCGAACGGCCUGCACGGCCAGGGCCGCGUUGUGGUUCCCCAUGCGAGUCUGCACAGCGGGAGAGACGCGGGGCGGGGGGGCGGUCAGUCACCAGGCCACCUUGGGUCCCACCCCAACCGGGCUUCCGUGCCAACCUUGUCCUUGGCGCUGCGGCAGCCCUGCAGGCUGGCAAGGAUCUGGGCCUGCACGCUCUGCACCCACAGCUCCCGCUCCUCCGCUGUCGAGGCCUCGAAGUGCCACGUCUGCCCGGUGAGGGACACCAGCACAAACUCGAAGGACUCCUCCGCCUCUGUGGGGACAGGGAUAUUUGCCACCAUCAGGGAGGGCGCCCCGCUGCCACACCUCCAUCCGCUCUCCUGCCUGCCUGGCUCUCGUCCUCUUCCCCCCCACCCCAGCCUCCAAGGCCAAGCCCAUGCCCACGAGUGCAGAGCAGCCCUCAAACCCCUCUUCCCGACCACCUGUGGCGCCUCGGUAAAGACAGGGUGCAAGGUCUUCGCAUCCCUGGCUGGCACUGCCAGGAAUGGGCCUGGAAUUCGGAGCAGGGUGCCUCCCGGAGCAGAGCGGGGUGUUUGGAGAAGGAUGCGACGGGUGCUAGGAGGCGACGCUGGGAGAGGGUGGGGGAAGGCGGGUGCGGGCACCAUCCGUACAUGUCAGCUGCAGCCGCCUCAUUUUGCAGCUCAUUAAACCCAAUAUUCCUGACGGCGUCAGCGUGGGGCUCCUGGGAGCCGGGCCCCUCCCCCGCUACCCUGGCAGAGAGAGGCAGGAAGGACAAGUGGAUGGGGAGAGGAGGCGAGGUUGUCCCCACAAACUGGGAGGUGUGAGCGGAAAGGGACCUGAGGACAGCCGUGGUGCCCCGCGCUGUAGGCCGGACCGCGACCCCAAGCGACGUGGUGAAGCUGUUCCAAGCUCUGCUCCUCUCGGCCAACAGAAGACAGCGACACAAAUCUCAUUCCCAGCGGUCACCACCCUACGGGUGAACGACUCCUAACAAGCACCGAGACUGAAUGUGUCCUGGGGGCUGGAGAGACAACUCAGAUACCUGUGGGGAGGCCCAAGGCCGGAGUUCAGGUUCUGCCCCGGGGGCAGCCUCUCGCCUCAGUGACACACAUUCCCUGGACGUCUUCCUGCUGGGCUCCUGCUCUAAGGGCACCUCUAACAGAAACUGCCUCCUAGAACAAGAACGCUGGUACUCUUCCUUCCCCAGGCUCCACCAUUCCACCUCACCUUGCUCUCAGUACAGCCUCUGAACUGCACAAACCCGGCCCUUUGUGGGGCUCAGUUCCUGGGUACCUGGGUCCCCUGCCACGCGUGCUAAGCAUCACUACACCACGGUAGGCUGGGAAGGGCAGCUCUUUCCCCUAGAGGUGAUCUCCACCCACACCCCUAUCCCUGACAGUCGGAGCGGAAAUGAGCCACUACGCAUCGAGAAGUUCAACUUAUCUGGGAGCAAAGAGACUUCAACCACUGAGAAGAGGAACACUUUGAAGAUACUUUGGGAGAAAAUCAGAGAAGUGCCAUGAUCAACGCCAAAUUAUGAGAAAGGCCCCGUGGAAAACACUCGAGGAGCUGGAAUUCCUUAGCUUAAAGACGAGUAAGGAGAGACCUCGCCAGCUAAGACACACGUAUCAAGCACCAGUUAUGUGCCCAGCCCUCAGGAAACUCAAUGGCUGAUACAAGAGACACAGAAAGCAUAGGUCCUGCCCACGAGUCUUGGAAGGGCUAUUGGAGUAGCCGCCUGCCGUCUUUUACCUUCUACAGGGAACAAGAGAGAAGCUCACGUUUUAGUAGAAAGGGUUUACAUUAGGCAGAAGAAAGCGCUUUUCUAAGAUUCCGGGUCUAGAUUACCAAAAGAAGUCGUGGAACUAUGGUUAUUGCUAAUUAUCAUUACAAAAUGCUUACUCUAAAAA